AUGACCCUAGAAGCAAGUGGUGGUGGUGUUGAUAUGGGCAUAAUUGCCAAAUUAUCGGAUAAAGUUGGAGCACCCGAAGCGGCCAUACGCCUAUUGCUUACUCUAAUAGCAGGCUACCCGAUUGCAUUUAUUUAUCGCUUCUUAAUCCAACCACAAUCUUCAAAGCCCGUACAUCACAUUUUCUUUUCCCUGUGCGGAUUUGGUUUGUGCUUUUUCAAUUAUGGCCUAAAUACUUAUCAUUCAUUGGUGUGUAUUUGGAUUACGUAUUUGUUGGUGCGUCUAUUACGCCAUUCGCCCAACCAUUUGGUGGGUGUGAAUUUCACAUUUCAAUUGUUGUAUCUCUUGACGGGCUAUUAUUUUACGGAAAGCAAUGAAUACGAUAUACUGUGGACAACACCACAUUGUGUGCUGACAUUACGAUUGAUAGGCUUCGCCUUUGAUGUGGCAGAUGGUGUAAAGCCUAAAGAGAAAUUAUCCAAAGAUCAAUUGGAAUGUCAUUUGGAGAGGACACCGUCGUUGUUGGAAUUAAUGGCCUAUGCCUAUUUUCCGGGAUCAUUUUUAAUUGGUCCCCAGUUUCCUUUUCGACGUUAUCAACGUUUCAUCAAUGGAGAAUUUAUUCAGUACAAGGGUUUUGUUAAGACAGGGCUAAUACGUCUCGCCUUGGGAUUGGUGUAUUUGGCUGUGCGUCAGGUGGGGGCCAUGAUGUUGCCGGAUAACUACUUCCUCACGGAUGCCUAUCGUAAUCAACCAUAUGUGUGGCGUUUAAUCUAUUUGGGUCUAUGGGGUAAAUUUUCCCUAUACAAAUAUAUUUCGUGUUGGCUGCUGGCCGAGGGGGCCCUUAUGUGUUUGGGUUUCACCUAUAAUGGCAAAUCCGCCGAUGGUAGUGAUGAUUGGUACGGCUGCUCAAAUGUGAAAUUGUAUCUACUGGAAACCGGCAAUACCAUGGAACACUAUGUCAAAUCCUUCAAUGUCAAUACCAAUCAAUGGGUGGCCUCCUAUGUCUAUAAACGUUUAAAGUUCCUGAAUAACCGGGAAAUUAGUUAUGGUGCCGCCUUGGGAUUUUUGGCUGUGUGGCAUGGUUUCCACAGUGGCUACUAUAUGUCAUUUUUCAUUGAGUAUAUGAUUGUGACAACAGAGAAGCAGGUUGAAGAUCUCUACAAAAAAGACAUUGUCACAAAUUACCCCAGUUUGGUCAAUUCUCUGCUUUUUAAACUGCUCAAGUUUAUAGCCUUGAAAUCGUAUAACCUCAUCUACAUGGGCUGGUGUUUAACUCCAUUUAUUUUCCUAAGCUAUGAUCGUUGGCUAGAGGUUUUCAAGGCCGUCCAUUAUUUUGGAUUUAUCUACGUUGCCCUAUGGAUGGUAUUCUUUAAGGUCUACAAGAAGUUGAAAGCAUCCCACAAGAAAUCCCAAGAACGUGUACCCAGCCGUGCCACAGAUCUAUCGCCCACAAUCAACGAAUCUCAAACGAAGGAUAGUGGCGGUAGUAAGGCCACUGAUUUGUCACCAAAUAUGCAAGAUAAUAAAAAGGAUAAAUAA